AUGCCAACAUUUAUCCCAAAUUUGGCUAUCAGCUAUGCUUUUCUUGCAUUUUUUCUAUCUGCAGGUAUUGGAGUUUUUAUAGGUGUUGAGUCUUUUGGAAUCAACUAUGGUCAAGUGGCUAACAAUUUGCCACCGCCAGACAAAGUCCUUGAAUUGUUGAGCACCCUUAGCCUCACAAAAACAAGAAUCUAUGAUACUAAUCCUCAGAUUUUGAGUUCUUUUGCCAACUCAAACAUUGAAAUCAUUGUGACAGUGGAAAAUGAAAUACUAAGCCAGUUGGAUGAUCCUCAGCAAGCAGCACAAUGGGUGAACAGCCACAUCGUACCAUACCUACCCGAGACAAAGAUCACGGGGGUUCAGGUUGGGAAUGAAGUCUUCACUGAUGAUGACACCACUCUUCUUCAGCACCUUGUGCCAGCAGUGGUGAACAUUCACAAUACUCUAGCUCAGUUAGGUUACUCAAACAUCAAAGUUUCAACGCCUAGUUCGUUGGCAGUGCUUGCUGCGUCAUACCCUCCUUCAGCUGGUAGUUUCAAAAGUGAAAUCUCUGGGAUCAUGUACCAGUUUUUGAACUUCUUGUCAACCUCUAAGUCCCCGUUCUGGAUCAAUGCGUACCCCUACUUUGCUUACAAGGAUAGUCCUAGUGGGAUUCCUUUGAACUAUGUGCUGUUCAAUCCUAAUGCAGGAAUGGUUGACCCUUACACCAAUCUCCACUAUGAUAACAUGCUUUAUGCUAUGGUAGAUGCUGUUUCAUUUGCCAUUGCUAAAAUGGGCUUCAAGGGGAUAGAGGUCAGGGUCUCUGAGACUGGUUGGCCAUCAAAGGGAGACGCUGAUGAGGUUGGUGCCACGCCAAUGAAUGCUGCAACUUACAACAGGAAUUUGUUGAGAAGGCAAAUGGCAGGUGAAGGGACACCAUUGAAUCCUAGAAUGAGGUUGGAAGUGUACUUGUUUGCGUUGUUCAAUGAGGACUUGAAGCCUGGACCAACCUCAGAAAGAAACUAUGGUCUGUUUCGGCCUGAUGAAUCCAUGACUUACAAUGUUGGUUUGUCUGCUCUUGCAACCUCAUCAUCAUCAUCAACUUCCUCCUCCUCUUCAAUUUCUCUUGCUUCCUCUGGCGCUAGGAUCAAGGUAGCACCAUGGGAAUGCAAAAGCUUGAUGAACUGGAUAUUUUUGGGAUUUUACUUCGUUCAAGUGACCCAAGAGAUCCACCCUAAACAAAAGCAUUAUGGAAUCUCAAGUUCGAGCGUUAAAGCCUCACGCACACGAAUCUCAUCUCAUCCUUCUCCCCCUGCGACUGCACGCACCACACGCACCCACGGCACACUGCCACCGUUAGCACGAAGAUGGAGUGACGCCGCCGUGAAUGAUGCCCUCCCCUCAUAUUCAAGUCGUUUCUGUCGUCGCACAGCCCGCAGACCGGUCCGUUAUCCCUCAUUAUGGCUAAGGCACACCGCAAAAACCUUCCGUUUGGACGCCCCCACGUUGUAUCAGAACCUCAUUCUCACAUUGAAAUCAUGCAAAGCCACCUUCGAAAUCCGUCAAAUUCAUGCUCACAUGAUCAAGACCUCUCUCGACAAUGUCCCUUUCACUCUGAGCAAGCUCCUCGCAACUUCCAUCUUAGACAUGGACUAUGCAGCUUCCAUUUUCAGUUACGUUCAAACCCCAAAUCUUUUCAUGUUCAACACAAUGCUCAGAGGCUACUGUAUCAGCAAUUGCCCCUACAAAGCUUUGCCCUUUUUCAAUGAUCUUAGGGAGCGCGGAAUUUGGUUGGACCAGUUCUCUUUCAUCAUGGCGCUCAAGGCAUGUGGUCGAGUUUCAGAAGUUGGGGUUGGGAAAGGGAUACAUGGGAUUGCAGUGAAGUCUGGGAAUAGGGACUUUGUUGAUGUGAAGAAUGCCCUUUUGCAUUUUUAUUGUGUUUGCCACAGAAUUGAAGAUGCACGUAAGCUUUUUGAUGAAUUUCCUGAGAGAAAUGACUUGGUGUCUUGGAACACUUUGAUGGGUGGGUGUCUUUCUGUUUCUCAGCCUUGUUUGGUUUUUCGUUUGUAUUGGAAGAUGUGUUUGGUUGGGCUUGAAGUCAGUGUUGCCACUGUCUUGGUUCUUUUGUCAGCUGCUGGUGACAUAGGGAACUUUGGUGUUGGGAAGUCUCUCCAUGGGUGCUGCAUCAAAAUUGGUUUUAGUUCUAAUUUGAACGUCAUUACUGGAUUGAUUGAUCUUUAUGCAAAGGCGGGUCAUAUCCAUUUGGCACGGCAAGUUUUUGAUGGUGUUACCGAAAAAGACGUCGUCUUGUGGAACUGUUUAAUAAGGAAUUAUGCAAGGAACGGAAUGGUUGGGGAAGCAAUGACUUCACUCAAGCAAAUGAGUUUUCAAGGAAUGAAGCCUAAUUCUUCUACCUUGUCAGGGCUGCUCUCAGCUUGCCCUGCAUCUGGAUCUAUACAUGUAGUUCGCCACAUUGCUAGUUUUGUAGAAGAGCAGAAACUGGAACUGAAUGUGGUUCUUGGAACGGCUCUUGUUGAUGUGUAUAUUAAGUGCGGCUUUCUAGAUGAAGCCAUGAACAUAUUUGACAGGAUGGAAGAUAAAGAUGUGAAAUCUUGGACUGCCAUGAUUUCUGGCCUUGGAGUUCAUGGGCAGCCAAGUAAAGCCAUUAGGCUUUUCUAUAGGAUGGAAAAGGCGGGGUUUAGACCAAAUGAAGUCACUUUCUUGGCGAUUCUGACUGCAUGUAGUCAUGGAGGGUUUGUGAUGCAGGGGAUAGAAAUUUUUAAGCACAUGGUUCAGAAAUAUGGCUUUUCACCACAGGUUGAGCAUUAUGGAUGUCUUAUUGAUCUCUUGGGCCGAGCUGGAAUGCUACGUGAAGCACAUAAACUAAUUGAGAGCUUGCCAAUUAAGGGUGAUGCCACUGCAUGGCGUACUCUGCUUUCUGCUUGCCGAAUCUAUGGAGAUAUUAAAUUAGGGAAGUGCGUGAAAGAUGUGCUAAAGAGUAUUUAUACAGAGCAUCCUACAGAUUCCCUCCUCAUUUCCGGCACUUAUGCAGUUGCUGGAAGAAUCGCUGAUUUUACAAAAAUGCAAGAAAUGAAGCAAACAAAUGUUUUAGUAGAAAAUUAUUGGGCAAAUAAAACUGAAAGAGAAAAUAUGGUAAAGGAGGUUGGGCUCAGCAGAGUUGAAAUUGAUAAUUAG